AAAACAUAGGCCUGGCGCCUUGAGCAAAGGGUGGUCCGGGGCGGGGCUAGCGCGCCGUGUGACGGCAUCACGCUGCGCCCCAUGCUCCGCCGGCCUUGGUCCCAGUGGCAGAAUCCGGAGGUGCUCAGAGACACACAAUGUCAAUAGUCCGUUCACCUGUCCAUGCCAAAUGGGUGGUGGGGAAGGUGAUUGGUACAGCCAUGGUAAAGACCGCUAAAGUAAGAGCGACCAGACUUGUUUUGGAUCCCUACUUGCUAAAGUACUUCAACAAGCGGAAGACCUACUUUGCCCACGAUGCCCUUCAGCAGUGCUGCGUCGGGGACAUUGUGCUCCUCAAGGCUCUGCCCGCUGCACGAUCAAAGCAUGUGAAACACGAACUGGCCGAGAUCAUUUUCAAAGUGGGCCGAGUUAUCGACCCAAUCACAGGAAAGCCCUGUGCGGGAACCGACUACCUAGAGAGUCCACUCACUUCAGAAACCACUAACCUGAGCAAAACUCUGGAAGAACUCAAGAUCUCUUCCACCUAGGGAAGAAGGAGCCAGAGGGAUUUCUGUCUAUAUGUCUCCUCUCUGACUCUCAUUACUGACUGUCCGGUUUCCCUUGUGACAUUAACGCAGCAGUAAAAGUAAAUGAAGCCAAGAGCUUACGGUGUUCCAUAAAGGUCUAUGCCAUGUUUCUGAUUCUCUGCACUGAACAUGCUUCCAGACUACACUGUAUGUCUGAGUAUGCUGCAUUGCUUUGUAAGCUCGCUGUCCCAGAACCUGUGUUUUGUUUUGUUUGUUUGUUUGUUUUGCCCUGCAGUACCUUUUUUUUUUUUUUUGAAAGAAGAAAACCUUUUGAUAGAACACAUAGGAUGUCAGGCCCCAUCCCCCUGCUGUCACUAUAGUUUCUACUCCGAAUUUUUGCAAAAAAAAAAAACUGUUAUUCCUUA